GACUCUCUCUCUCUAUCUCAAAUCCUCAUCUCCACUUGUUUUCUCGAUCUUCCCACCCACCUCUUCAAUCCCCCAAUUCCGUCAAAGAAAAAAAAAAAACCUAAUCCCGAUUUCCGAUCUGGAAUUCAUUAGGUUUCCGAUCUCAACAAAUUAGGGUUUUUGCUUUCGGCAUUUUCACUCUGUUUAAGUCAAAUUUUGCCUCCUAAAGCCCAUUUUUACUCAAUUUUGCAGAGAAUUUUGAUAUUUAUUUCCCAGAUAUUUUUGGAAAUUUUGCUAUUUUUGGUAUAGAGGCUAUAGCCGUGGUGUGUUGAGGUGAGAAAACAGGUUGGGGUUUUUUUUUCUGGUACUGAGAUGGCGGCCUCUGAGAGUCGGAAAAAUGCUUCGUCUUCUUCGUCUGAGACUCCACAGCCGCCGAGGAGUUACGGCAUCACGAAGCCGAUUUUUCUCUCCGGGCCGUCGCAGUCUGAUCGUCAACGAAAUAUCGAACUCGAGAAGUUCUUGGUUGAUUCGGGGCUGUAUGAGAGCAAAGACGAGGCUGCGAAAAGAGAAGAGGUUCUUGGCUGCAUUGGUCAGAUUGUGAAAGACUGGGUGAAGCAAUUGACACGCCAGAGAGGCUACACCGAUCAGAUGGUGGAGGAUGCAAAUGCUGUCAUUUUUACUUUUGGAUCGUAUCGGCUUGGGGUCCAUGGGCCUGGAGCUGAUAUAGAUACUUUGUGUGUUGGACCAUCAUAUGUGAAUCGAGAGGAGGAUUUUUUUAUUAUUUUGCAUGACAUCCUGUGUGAAAUGGAAGAGGUAACUGAACUUCAACGAGUUCCUGAUGCUCAUGUCCCAGUCAUGAAAUUCAAGUUUCAGGGCAUAUCAAUUGAUCUUCUGUAUGCAAGCAUAUCUCUCUUGGUUGUCCCAGAGGAUCUGGACAUCUCAGAUGAAUCUGUGCUAUGCAAUGUUGACGAGCAAACUGUUCGAAGUCUGAAUGGUUGCAGGGUUGCAGAUCAAAUUCUUAAGCUUGUUCCAAAUGUUGAGCACUUCCGCACAACACUCAGGUGUUUGAAGUUUUGGGGCAAAAGGCGCGGUGUAUAUUCUAAUGUUACUGGAUUUCUUGGUGGUGUAAAUUGGGCUAUUUUAGUUGCUCGGAUAUGUCAGCUUUAUCCCAAUGCAAAUCCUAGUAUGUUGGUUUCUCGGUUUUUCAGAGUGUACACUCAGUGGCGUUGGCCAAAUCCUGUACUUCUUUGUUCAAUAGAAGAGAAUGAACUUGGGUUACCUACAUGGGAUCCUCGUAAAAACCCUCAGGAUCGCUUUCAUCAUAUGCCGAUAAUAACUCCUGCAUACCCUUGUAUGAACUCUAGUUACAAUGUCUCAGUAAGUACUCUACGUGUUAUGACAGAGCAGUUCCACCAUGGUAAUAGGAUAUGUGAGGAGAUUGAGCUGAAGAAAAGCCAGUGGAGCGCUCUGUUUGAACCUUAUCUUUUCUUCGAGGCAUACAAAAACUAUCUGCAGGUGGACAUUGUAGCAGCCGAUGCUGAUGAUUUGUUGGCGUGGAAGGGGUGGGUGGAAUCUCGGCUUAGACAGCUCACCUUGAAGAUAGAGCGAGACACAAGUGGAAUGCUUCAGUGCCAUCCAUAUCCAAAGGAGUAUACAGACGCAUCCAAGCCUUGUGCGCAUUGUGCUUUCUUUAUGGGUUUGCAGAGGAAAGAAGGAGUAAGAGGUCAAGAAGGUCAGCAAUUUGAUAUACGCGGAACAGUCGAUGAGUUCAGGCUUGAUGUAAACAGGUAUGGAUUUUGGAAACAUGGCAUGGACAUGCAUGUUUGUCAUGUUCGCCGGAAGCAGCUUCCUCCCUUUGUCUUCCCCGAUGGGUAUAAACGGUCGCGAUUAUCAAGACAUAUAAGCCAGCAAGAUGAAGGAACUUAUGAAGAACCCUCUGGGCCUAUUGAAAGACAUAUCAGGAGGAGAAUUAAUCCUAAAAUAGAGGACACGAGGCCGAGUGAACUAGAGAAGCAGACCUCUAUUAGCCCACUAUGGAUGGAGUCUGUAUCCCCAGAAAGUAUUGCAGGUAUAUCUGGUGGAACAUCUAAUCCUAGCUUCAGUAAUGGUGGUAGAUUAGAGUGUCUACCAACUGGAGGCAAUUCUGGUGGACAAUUGGAGAGUGUAAAGGGUACCAUGGUACCUGUGGGGUUAGUUGAAAAUGUUGUGCGGCAAUCCAUCGCUGAAAAUGAAUCAACAGCUAUGUGUGCUUCUGAAUUCCCUACAGUCCAGAAGCCUUCAGAAGAGGGUAAGGAGUUGGUACAUCCGUCUGCAAUAUCUUUCUCGGAAUCCAAGGAAACAUGCCAGAUUGAAAUAAAUGGGGACAGAGUUGGAAAUGUGGUUUUGGUGGACAGGAAGAAUAUGGAGACUGACUCUACUGGUAGUGUGCUGAAUUGGACAGAGGGUGCUAUUGAUGUUGACCAAGAAUUAGUCAAACCAUGCAGUCAGACUAUGGGGGUGGAGAAUGCUGAAGGUGUAUUAAAAUCAACUUCCAGCAAUCGGAACCUCAAUUGCGAGGAUGAUUUACUUUCAUCAGGAGCACAGUUCCUUCGGAAAAGUGGCACUGGAAAUCUGCACGGCGUACUAUAAAAUGCCUGAUCAGAAGAAUUGGAGCCAACUGUAAUCGCAUAUGCUGUCAAUUUGGAAGCUGGAGCUAGGUCAGAAUCUAUGCAAUAGCCAACAAUAUGGCCUGCUUUGAAACUCUUUGUUCUAUUAAGCAAAUCAUUAUAUCUUUAUGCUGGUCUGUUUUGUUGUGCGGCUGUUCUGUAACAGGUUAAGUCUGAGAUCAAUGGAAUGACAUAGCCGAGGUGAAUUGUUGAAGAGGGAGUCUCACUGCUAUUAGAGAAAGAGCCAGCACAAUGGUAAGUGCCACAUAACUGCUGGCUUUCAUUAUGGCUUAGGUGGGCUUGUGUAAAAUGUGAAGCCUACUAGCCUGGGAAGGUUCAGCAAUGCAAAUAGCAGUGUGGUGGUCUAGUGUGUUGGAAUUUCGAAGCUGGUGGCGAGACAUUGAGCACCAUGAAUUUGAGCUGGGUAUGCUGGUGCAUUGCAGACUCAAAAGGGCCUUGUUAUUUGAGGCAACUUGGUGAGGGUGGGAAGGAAGUUCUGCUGCUCUGUAUUGAAACUCUUUCUUGGCAAAGUGGUUGCACAAGGACUUGAAGGACCCUGUUAGUUGAGGCAACUUGAGUGUGUGGGAAGGUAAUUGUACAGCUGUCUGCGUGUGGAAAAGUCAUUCUUGGGGCAAAUAGGUUCCAAAAUAUUUGGGGCAGCGAGCAGUUACUUUCUUGUUUUUUGCCAUGUAUAACACUCGUCAAACUUGUUAACUUUGUACCCCCCAGACCAUUGUAACACAGUUUCUUAUACAAGUUGUCUUUGGCUA